AUGGCUUCAACAAAUAAAUCAUCCACUGUGUUAGGGGCUAUAGAUAACCUCUUACUCCGAGUUGGCGCGGCGCUGCCAUCCUCAGACCCUCAGGAUAUGCAUGCCUAUGCGACAAGGGCACCAUCUCAGCAAUUUCUUAGAGAGAUCCUGGAUGUGACCCAGUCAGUGUCUAAUGCUCUAGUAACCAUGCUACCGGUUUCCGAUUCCAAGAUUAUUUCCUUGCUGAAAGAACAUGCCACACACGAUCAAGUUGUCUUCGAGAUUUUAUCCUAUCACGAGCUGAAAUAUGGGCCAAGAGUGCCAAAAUGGAAGUAUCAAAGCGAUGAGAACGGCCAAAACACCCUCACUUGUGCGGGCUCCGCAGUUGUCCUGGACCUCACGUUUGAAAAAUCAGUUGCAGGAGCCGACCAUCAUUCCAUUCGACUCGUCUCGUUAAAAUCGUCCUAUCCCACAACAUCAGAGUCCGCCCCGGUAACCCAGCCACCUAACACCGUGGAAGACCUUCUUGGGGCCGAUAUCACUGCAUACAUUAAUGAGGUUACUAGAGAAGGUGCUGAUGCCACAAAAGCUGCCCAGUUGGCAUGGCGCGUUAUGGCGCACAUACGGUAUAUCAUGCUUUUAGAUUCGCAGGCUGCUCAAGAGGCCAAAAAUGGGGGAACCGGCGCGCGAUGGUUUGCGGAGGUCGGGAUACUGUCUCCCAAAGUAAUAGAUCUGGCGUGUCAGGAAGCAGCAGGACUUGCCAGCCAAUUAGGGGCCCCCAAAGCACCACUUGACAUAUUCUUACGACGUGCUCAUGCGUUUCCGCUGAUCAACCUCAAUUCUCCUAGCAUCUCAUUCCUAAUUGGCAUGACUCCUAUAUCGUACCUGAGCCUUCUCAAGGCGUCCACAAACCAUGUCGAGGGUCCCCCCUCAGACCCCCAGCCUAACAUCGACAUCCCAAACAAUCUGUUACGGCGAUUUGUAGCCCAGCAUCCUACGCCGCCUGGCAUUACUACCUGCAAUUUGAUCGUUGUAUCUGGCAAUCAGUCUAAUUCUGAACCCACUCACCCCACACCUCCACGUAUACCAUACUUCCCACUCCUGGGUGUCUCAUCCAUGCCGUCACAAUCCCACGCAUUUCCAUUACCUGACGGAGAUAGCUCGUGGGUACUAGACUUUGGCGCCAAGGGACUAGUCAUGCGACGCAGUGCGAUGCAAGCUCUAGUGCAAGCUUUAGGACAUGUGGGUGACAUUGAUGUCACACUCUCUGGUAUGGGAUUCAUGAACCUCGGCAUGGGCCUGAUAAGUGGAGAGAAUCCUGGAUGGGUCAGCAUGCUGCUUCAGAAGCGUUCUCGAAUAAUAACAGAGCAUCUGUACACGACACAAACGUCACCCAACCGAUUGUACCCUCCUAUUCAUUUGACACUCCGAGUUCCUAAUGAAGCAGGAUUUGUACUCGGGCGAGUACGAGUACGGAAUAUGGCCGAAGUAUGGACGAUACUGGAGAUCGUUCGGGAACAAUGUUGGCUGAACAACACGAUUUCAUCCUACGUCUGGGAAGAAACACCCCAGCACACAGACACUUUGGAGGCGCCAGGACUGGAAAAUCUGCUUUCUGGAAAAUUCCUUUCGAUUCCUACACAGAUGAACAUUUCUACGGGGUCAGCGCCCUUGUCCCUUCUACUUCAAUUCCCCGUUCCCUGUAAAGGUGGCGUACCAUCUGUGGUUCAGCUCAUGGCUUCAUACGAUCCUACUGCACCACGAGGCACUCGCAUUCAGUUUGGUGCCCUCGACUCCAAACUACCUGUCACUGAAACUCUGGGCCAAUUCGAGAACCAGGUUGACGAGGUUGUGAGAAGGGCGGGGCCACUGGCUGCUGUUGGCUGGCUUCAUGCUCAACUAAAGGCCAAGGCCUUUCAGGCUGUCCAAACUGCUCUUUCAGGCCGCCAAGAUGUUGUGAACCCUGCCCGACUUUUAUCCAAUUUGGACGACGAUCAAACCUACGUUCCUUUUCGUUCCUUCAUUUUCAUUCCUUAUCGUCGUCGUACAUCAAAGCUGAUGGAGUCGAGAGACUCUGAGACUCUAAGCGAAUGGCCGCCGAGCGAUGAGAAGGCUCCGAGAAAAGCAUUCUCACUCGCGCCGGACAUGCUUUCUGUUUAUUUUGAUCAUCAGGGUCCCAGAGACGAACCAGCCAGCGUCACCGUCGAGGAAGUGGAGACUCGACUUCUCCCGGAUUUUUCAGAGUCCCACUUUGAAACAGCUGCCCGUAGACCCAGGACGAGAGAGAACCGAGACCUAAAGAUUACUUCUAGCCCCUCACGCUUUACACACAUAGGAAACGGAUGGGAACUCAGUAAUUGGGGUUCGGUAUCUUGCCUCGAGCUUACACCAGGACAAAUGCUCCAGGCGCAUGCUCGUAUAAACAAACCUGAACGACAGAUGGGUCAAUUUCGAUCCAGCUCCUUAUCUGGAAAUGGGAUCGUUGGGUCUGCUUUUUAUACAUUCCCUGCGAUGGCGGCGGUGGCUUCAAUAUUCUCGCCCAUCUCUCUGCUCGUUGCAUGCCUGAUAAUGACGAUAUAUCGACCAAUACUUCUGGAACUUGGUAGCGCUUUUAGGCUGAACGGGACCAACUAUGUUUAUCUAUUGCAAUCUUCUGGAAGAACACUUGCGGCGAUUGGUGCUACCACUACAUUAAUCGAUGCUGUGGCUGCAAGUGUUGUCAGUGCAGCCGCUGCGGGAGCGUACGUCAAGGGGGAGUUUCCGGAAAUACCCGCAACUGACCACACCAUUGGAAUUUAUUUAUUGGUAUUGAUCGCCCUUUUCGCUUUAUUCACACUUCGUGAAAGCGGUAAACUGACUUUGGUCAUUACUAUCAUUCAUAUGGUUGUAAUGGCAGUGCUCAUGGUGGGAUCGACCAUCGCGUGGACACAUACCGGCACAGAUAUGAUACGCCAUAAUUGGGAACUACGACCAACGGGCGCGGCCAGGAUAGCCCGUUCAAUCUACAUUGGGGUCUGUGUAGGAAUUACGGGCUUUGAGUGCUCACCUGGGUAUAUCAAAGCAUAA